GGCCCAUGGACAGAGCAAUUGUUCGGACCAAUCAGUGCAGUGUGAGAUAAGCAAUAAAAAAAGACGACCAGCGUUGACUCACCUCAACUUGCCGAAUAUUAAAGUAUUUCUACUUCCAUUGGCCCAUUUGGCAGCAGAAAACGAACCUCAAUCAGCACCGGAAAGAAAGCUUUCUCGGCGGAGAGGAGACCAUGUCGCAGUCCGGUGGCUGCUGCAAGUGCUGCCUCAGCUUCAUCCUCACGGUCGGGCUCACGGUCCUCUUCAUGUGGCUCACCCUCCGGGCCGAGAAGCCGUCCUGCUCGAUCAAGAACUUCUACCUCCCCGCCCUCAACAGGUCACUCAGCUCUCCCGGCAACGCCACCAUCUUCAUGGACCUGAGGCUCAAAAACGGCAACAAGGAGAAGGGCGUCUACUACGACCCCAUCAACGUCACGGUCCGCUCCUUCAACGACUCGAAGAACUCUCUCUGGCAGGGGAUGGUCCCUGGGUUCUACCAGGGGUACCAGAAGAAGGCCACCAAGAAAGUAACCGUGGACACCACCGGGUUGAACUGGACCCAUGUGGCCGCGAGGAACGAUUCUGCGGUCUUUCGGGUUGAUCUGUCUACACGGGUGAGGUUCAAGAUCGUGUUUUGGAAGACCAAGAGGCAUAAGUUGGCAGUGAGGGCCAAUGUCACUGUGAACGAGUUCGGGGCCAAGAACUCGAAGCGUGAUAUCAAGCUCAAAUCGGGUGUUGCGGAGAUUGGGAUUCAAUGCGGAAAAGUCGCGAUCUUCCUUGGUGUUUUAGCGUUGGGUUUGCUCAAUUUUUGAUGAACUGAGUCCAGUUCCAUUUCACGGUCUUUUAGCUUGCUGUUGGGAGGUUAAAGUUGCAAUUUUUCCCCUGUCAGUUUCUGCAUCGCCCGAAAAUGCAUAUGCUGUACAAUUGGCUCGAAGGAUUGAAUCACGUUGAUUUUCCCUUUAGAUAAGGAGAUUCGAGUACUGAUAGCCUGUAAUCUGAUCGAUUUCUGGAUAAAUUGAAGUAACACCGAAUGAGUUGAUUUA